AUGGCAUCAGAUGACGAACGUCCUGCGUUGGAAGACGAUUAUGACGAGCCUAAGAAAGGAAAGAAUGGGAAGCGAAGUCGAGAUAUAGAAGAAGAAGAAGAGGAAGAUGAAGAUGAUAUCUUUGAGGAAGACGAAGAAGAGGAAGAAGAUGAUCGAGGGAAAUCUAAGAAACGUCGCAAGAGUCGCCGAAAUCAAUAUAUUGAUGAUUUAGCCGAUGUUGAUGACGAAGACGAGGAAGAAGAGGAAGAAGAAGAUGGAUUAGGUGGACCAGAAGAUGAUUUCAUCGAUCGUAAUGAGAUACCAGAAGCUGGACAAUCGUCUCGUCGCAAUCUUCUUCGGGAUAUUGGUGGCGAUGAUGAUUUUGAAAUGGAUGCUGGUCAUCGAGGAUUGGAUAUGAGUAGACAAGCAAGGGAAGAUGCUGAUCUAGGUCAGAUUGCAGCUGACUUCCGAGAAAGAUAUGGAAGACAAUCACGGGCAGCAGCUCGGGACAUGGGCGAACACAUUCCUAAAAACAUGCUCAUGCCAAGUGUGGAUGAUCCUAGCAUAUGGGCUGUCAGAUGCAAACCGGGACGCGAGAAAGAACUAGUUUCGGCGAUCUUCAGAAAAUGCGAAGCGCUUUACAGAACACCUCAAGCUCUUCGAAUCAUCUCAGUCUUUUUUCGAGACUCACUCAAGGGUUACAUCUAUGUCGAAGCAAGGCUUGAGACUGAUGUACGUGAUGCAGUACAAGGCUUCGUGGGAGUCUACCGAACCGAAUUCCGAAUGGUUCCUAUCGAGGAAAUGCCCGACUUACUGCGAACCAAAAAGCGCGAGACGCCUAUAGUGAAUGGUAGUUGGGUUAGAAUCAAACGAGGAAAAUACGCAGGUGAUCUGGCUCAAGUCAAUGAGAUCAUGGAGAACGCAGAUGAUGUAGGCUUGAGAUUUGUUCCUCGAAUCGAUCUGAAUCCAAAAGAGGAAGGAAUGCAAGUAGGACCGGAUGGAAAGAAACGAAAGAAAGGCAGUACCACUAGUGGUGGCUUAGCAUUCAGGCCACCUCAAAAAUUCUUUAAUGCUGAAGAGGUCAAGAAAGCUUAUAAGGCAGCGGACGUCAGUCGAACCAAAAAUGGAGGCUAUAUGUUUCGCGGCGACUUUUUCAAAGAAGGUUAUAUUGAGAAAGACAUGAGGAUAUCCGCCCUCGAAGUUGUGGACGUCAAUCCGACAAUUGAUGAAGUGGCUAGGUUUUUGGGAGAUCCGUCCGACACCGGUGAUACGAAUCGUGAUUUAAACUUGUCGCAAAUCGCUGAACUCACCAAGAAAGCCAGUGUUAUCGUUCUUCAACCGGGUGAUCAAGUCGAAGUUUUCGAAGGCGAUCAAAAGGGUAUUCAGGGUACGGUGCAUUCUAUCGCAAAUGAGAUUGUGACCAUCGAUCCGUCUCCACUCUUACAUCCCGAACUCAGAGGCGCCCACAUUGAAAUUCCGGCACGAUCUCUACGGAAGAAUUUCAAGCCAGGUGAUCAUGUAAAGGUGAUGGCGGGUCAGAACGUAGAUGAGACUGGUUUGGUGAUACGUGUGAGGGAAGAAGUGGUAACCUUUCUCAGUGAUCUUAGUUGCAAGGAAGUCGAAGUGUUUGCUAGGGAUCUACGUGUGGCCGCUGAAGUUGGUAGUGGAGCCAACACCUAUGGACAAUUCGAACUUUAUGAUCUUGUCCAGCUUGAUCCUCAAACUACCGGUGUGAUUUUUAAGAUUGAACGUGAUACGUUCAAGGUUAUUGAUCAAAAUGGCAAUACUCGUAAUGUCAAGCCUAAUCAAAUCAGCGCCAAGAAAGACUCUAGACAUGCGAUUGCUACGGAUGCAGACGGUUAUGAAAUUGCGGUCAACGAUCAGAUGAAAGAGAAGUCUAUUGGUGGUCGGACGGAGGGUCGACGUGGACGAGUCCUGCACAUAUACCGUUCGAUGUAUGCGUUCUUACACAGUCACGACACUACGGAGAAUGGAGGUGUGUUUGUCACGAACGCAAGAAACUUGGUCUCUGUAGCGCCUAAAGGUGGAAAGAAGGAUGCGGGUGCCCUAGACUUGACCAAGAUGAAUCCCGAGAUGGCUGGACGACCGCCGGUCGGAGGUGUUGCUCCAGUUGCAGGCGGACUCGGUCAAAGAUUUAAGAGAGAUGAAGAUAUUGGUAAGCUUUGUUACAUCAUCAAGGGUCCCAAUAAAGGGCUUCAAGGUAUCAUCAAAGACAUCAAUGGAUUACUUGCUCGAGUUGAACUUCAUACAAACAAUAAAACACUGACAGUGGAAAAGACGAAACUGGGGGCUAAAGGCCGGGAUGGUAAAGUUCGUCCUUUGGAAGAGCUUGCCCGCGAAAACUUUGCUCAAGGUGGCCGACCCGGGGGUUUCGGUGAUGGUGGAGCUAAUGCGUCAGGUAGCAAUGCCGGUCGAUUGGGCUCUCAAUCUGUUCACGGUGGCUUCGGAGGAGCAACACCAGGUUGGGGAGCAUCUGGAAGUCGAACCUCCAAUCCAUAUGAUGGUUCUCGGACAUCUUAUGGGGGUGAUGGCAGUAGAACGUCGAAUCCAUAUGCAGAUGCGGGAGCAAGAACGCCAGCUUUCGACACGUCCGGAGCCUGGGACCCUAGCUCAAAAACUACGCUUGCAUCAGGUUACGGAAACUCUAAUUCGUGGGAUGCAAGCAACCACAAUGCAAGUCAUGCUCCAACACCGGCUCACAAAAUCGAACACAAUACGCCUCACGACCCAUGGGGGCCUAGAACACCUGCUCAGGCCCCAACUCCAGGACUGGACACCUAUUCUAAAGGAACACCAGGUCUGAUGUCAGUCUCUGAUCCCCGACGAGGCGAUCGAUCAGAACGACGCGAGGACGGUUCGAUGUCCAGUUGGGGUAACGCUACAGGCACGACACCUUUUGUGGCUCCCACUCCAACUGCUUAUGCAAGUCGAUCGGCUGCCACUGCUCCCACACCAAAUAUGCAAAACAUGCCUACCCCUGGUGGUGUGACUCCCUAUGCAGGAGCACCAACCCCCACAGGUUAUGCUACUGCGCCUACGCCAGUAGCCUUCGGGAACGCACCAACGCCAGUUGUUUACGGCGCCCCAACUCCUGCCGCUUAUGCACCAGCCGCGACACCAUACGGUUCAGUUCCAGCCUAUGCUCCUAGUCCUGCUGGGCCUUAUAAUCACAAUACGAAUGGCGCCACACCGUAUACAGCGGCUACACCUGGAGGGGGACUCUUGAAUCAAUCAACAGCUCCUCUCAUCUCUGUCACACACGGAGGCCUUCCCGAGAACUGGCCACAAUCUGGUAUUGAAGUCGUCAUCAUUCGAUCACGAGAUAAGCCACCUUUUAACGGAGGACGAUAUGAUCAUCAACAUGCAAUUGUAAUCGGAGUUUUGAAUACCUCAAGAAACCCAACCUAUAGUUUGAAAGCACUUGAUCCGAAUGUACAUCUACCACCAGUCCCAAUCGAAUACUUAGAACCUGUUCCACCUAGAGCACCAGGAGAAGCAGUAGUAAUCUUAGAUGGAGCAUAUCGUGGUAAAAGAGCUACUACGAUCAGUCGAGAUGCAUCUGAUUGGAUGGUACAACUUGAAACAGGUGAACAAACGAUUGUAGAUGUCACUCAUCUUGCGCUCAAUAAGACAUCUUAG